GCGGCCGCACAAAGCUCGGGGCGCCGGGGGCUUUGCAGGCGGCGUACCUGGCCAAACGCGGAGACUCCGUUUCUGGCUGGCGGGGAGCACACGCGAGCCGCGGGGACUCGAGACCGCAGCUUUCCUGCGCGCUCUGUCUGUUCGCGAGUGGCGAGCAAAGUUUGGUCGAGAGACGCCAAGCCCAAGUCCUUUCUUCCUCUCGCUCCCCAAAUCCGAGCGCAGCCGCGGGCGUCAUGCCCGCGCUCUUCCGCAGCCUGGGGUGCGCGUGAAGCCUCGGAGCUUUGACGCCGGCAAGGACCCAAGGAAGACUUUGUUUUUGGAGUUUCUCCUGAGGGAUCCCCGAGCUCGUCGCUUGCUCCAUCCCGACCCACUCCGGCCGCGGGGACUGAGCAGAUCGCGGAGGAGCGUGGCCAUUCAAGUGGCCGCAGCUGCAGUGGCCGCCACUGCGUGGUUCCGGAGCCCACCGCAGGCUGAAGGCUUUGCUGGCUGUCCAUGCUUGUCGGAGAAGUGUGCAGAUGGGAUUAACGUCCACAUGGAGAUAUGGAAGAGGACCCGGGCUUGGCACUGGCACCAUGGUCAGCUGGGGGCGCUUCAUCUGCCUGGCUGUGGUCACCAUGGCAACCGUUUCCCUGGCCCGGCCCUCCUUCAACUUAGUUGAGGAUACCACCUUCGAGCCGGAAGAGCCACCAACCAAAUACCAAAUCUCUCAACCAGAAGUUUACGUGGCCGCACCAGGGGAGUCGCUAGAAUUGCGCUGCCUGUUGAAAGAUGCCGCCACGAUCAGUUGGACUAAGGAUGGGGUACAUUUGGGGCCCAACAAUAGGACAGUGCUUAUUGGGGAGUACUUGCAGAUAAAAGGCACCACGUCUAGAGACUCCGGCCUCUAUACUUGUACUGCUGCUAGGACUGUAGACAGUGAGACUUUGUACUUCAUAGUCAAUGUCACAGAUGCCAUCUCCUCUGGGGACGAUGAGGAUGACACGGAAGGCACUGAGGAGUUUGUCAGUGAGAACAGUAACAAGAGAGCGCCAUACUGGACCAACACAGAAAAGAUGGAGAAGCGACUGCAUGCUGUCCCUGCGGCCAAUACUGUGAAGUUUCGUUGUCCUGCUGGGGGACAUCCAACACCAACUAUGAGGUGGCUGAAAAACGGAAAGGAAUUCAAGCAGGAGCAUCGCAUCGGAGGCUAUAAGGUACGAAAUCAGCAUUGGAGCCUUAUUAUGGAGAGUGUGGUCCCAUCAGACAAAGGAAAUUAUACGUGCGUGGUGGAGAAUGAGUACGGCUCCAUCAAUCACACCUACCACCUUGAUGUUGUCGAGCGAUCCCCACACCGGCCCAUCCUCCAGGCGGGACUGCCCGCGAAUGCCUCCACGGUGGUGGGAGGCGACGUGGAGUUUGUCUGCAAGGUUUACAGCGAUGCGCAGCCCCACAUCCAGUGGAUCAAGCACAUAGAAAAGAAUGGAAGCAAAUACGGUCCAGAUGGGCUGCCUUACCUCAAGGUCCUAAAGCACUCGGGGAUAAAUAGUUCCAAUGCAGAAGUGCUGGCUCUAUUCAAUGUGACUGAGGCGGACGCUGGGGAGUAUAUAUGUAAGGUCUCCAAUUAUAUAGGGCAGGCCAACCAGUCUGCCUGGCUCACUGUCCUGCCCAAACAGCAAGCUCCCAUAAGAGAAAAGGAGAUCACAGCUUCCCCAGACUACCUGGAGAUAGCCAUUUACUGCAUAGGGGUCUUCUUAAUCGCCUGUAUGGUGGUGACAGUCAUCCUGUGCCGUAUGAAGACCACGACCAAGAAGCCGGACUUUGGCAGCCAGCCAGCUGUACACAAGCUGACCAAGCGCAUCCCCCUGCGGAGACAGGUAACAGUGUCUGCUGAGUCCAGCUCCUCCAUGAACUCCAACACCCCGCUGGUGAGGAUAACAACACGCCUCUCCUCCACAGCAGACACCCCCAUGCUGGCAGGGGUGUCUGAGUACGAAUUGCCAGAGGACCCCAAAUGGGAGUUUCCAAGAGAUAAGCUGACGCUGGGCAAACCCCUGGGGGAAGGUUGCUUUGGGCAAGUGGUCAUGGCUGAAGCAGUGGGAAUCGACAAGGAUAAGCCCAAGGAAGCAGUCACGGUGGCUGUGAAGAUGCUGAAAGAUGAUGCCACAGAGAAAGACCUUUCUGAUCUGGUGUCAGAGAUGGAGAUGAUGAAGAUGAUCGGAAAACACAAAAACAUCAUCAAUCUUCUUGGGGCCUGUACACAGGAUGGGCCACUCUACGUCAUCGUCGAGUAUGCCUCCAAAGGCAAUCUCCGAGAAUACCUGCGGGCCCGGAGGCCGCCCGGGAUGGAGUACUCCUACGACAUCAACCGUGUCCCCGAGGAGCAGAUGACCUUCAAGGACCUGGUGUCGUGCACCUACCAGCUGGCCAGGGGCAUGGAGUACUUGGCUUCCCAAAAAUGUAUUCACCGGGACUUAGCAGCUAGAAACGUUUUGGUAACAGAAAACAAUGUGAUGAAAAUAGCAGACUUUGGACUGGCCAGAGAUAUCAACAAUAUAGACUAUUACAAAAAGACCACAAAUGGGCGACUUCCGGUCAAGUGGAUGGCUCCGGAAGCCCUUUUUGACAGAGUGUACACGCAUCAGAGUGAUGUCUGGUCCUUUGGGGUGUUGAUGUGGGAGAUCUUCACUUUAGGGGGCUCGCCCUACCCCGGGAUUCCCGUGGAAGAACUUUUUAAGCUGCUCAAGGAAGGGCACAGGAUGGAUAAGCCGGCCAACUGCACCAAUGAACUGUAUAUGAUGAUGAGGGACUGUUGGCAUGCUGUGCCCUCACAGAGACCAACGUUUAAGCAGUUGGUAGAAGACUUGGAUCGAAUCCUCACUCUCACAACCAAUGAGGAGUACUUGGACCUCAGUCAGCCCCUUGAACAGUACUCACCUAGCUUCCCUGACACAAGGAGCUCGUGUUCCUCAGGAGAUGACUCUGUUUUCUCUCCGGACCCCAUGCCUUACGAGCCCUGCCUUCCCCAGUACCCACACAUGAACGGUAGUGUGAAGACAUGAAUGCACGUGUGCUCCUGUCUCCAGUCGGACGGCACAGGAAACCCACCUACAGGGAGCAGGGAGGCCGCAUCUCCAGGAGCUGGUUGUCUCCGCUUGUAUAUAUGGGUCAGAGGAGUGAAUACUUGGAAAAGUCAUUGGCACACGUGUAAAGAUUCAUCCAGCUGAGAACUUGUCAUCUCCACCAGGAAGAGGAGAAUGUGGAUGGCAUCGUGGAUGGCUCAAUCCCAGGGUGUGAGCCUCUGACCCGCCACGAGCCGGCGACGCCAUGGUCACUGGCUGCGGACCCAGGGGGACUCGAGGCAAACGCACGUUCUGCCUUCCUUGUUAAUUUUGUAAUAAUUGGAGAAAAUAUAUGUCAGCACACACUUACAGAGCACAAAUGCAGUAUAUAGGUGCUGGAUGUAUGUAAAUAUAUUCAAAUUAUGUAUAAAUAUAUAUUAUAUAUUUACAAUGAAUUAUUUUUUUGUAUUGAUUUUAAAUGGCAGUCCCAGUGCACCUGGAAAAUUGGUCUCUCUUUUUUUGUUUUUUAAGUAGCUGUUUGCUAAUUGCUGUUUCGUAGACAGAAUUUCUUCAUUUUCACCGAGCAGAGGUGGAAAAAUACUUUUGCUUUCAGGGAAAAUGGUAUAACAUUAAUUUAUUAAUGGAUUGGUAAUAUACAAAAUGACUAAUCAUUUAUAGGUUUUUUUUAUUUGUUUGUUUGGUUUGGUUUUGUAAUUUAAGUGGCAUUUCUAUGCAGGCAGUGUGGCCAACUAGUUAAUCUAUUGAUCAGACUUAGCUAGUUAUCAGAUUCUUUGAAAAGAGAAAUAUUUACAGUCUAUGACUAAUUUGGGGAAAAUAAAGAUUUGAUUUAUUUGUGUUUAAAUUCUGUCAGAAGAUUGUUCUUAAACCACCUAAAUGCCCGUAUUAAAAGAAGAUCCCUUUAGUAAGAAGGUGUUUUGUUUCCGUAUAUGGCUUCUCGUUGGUCCUGAAUAACAUUUAACUGAACUUCCCCGGAUAAACAGCACCAGCGUCCUCAUAAGAAGUUGCCUUAAUCCAUUCCUCGAGGACGGAGUUUAGUUGAGAUGAUAGCCAAAUGUACUUCUCUCUGGCAGCUGGCCUUCUGCCCCCAAGUUGCACGUUAAUCAGAUUAGCCUGUAUUCUCUUCGGUGCAUUUUGAUAAUGGUUUCCAGAUUCUUUGGCCUUAGAGAAGCCUUUUAGUAUCUUCAAGUCUCACAGUUGAAAAUUGAAACACAGAGUUGUUCUGCUGAUAGUUUGGGGGAUACUUCGAUCUUUUUAAGGGAUUCCUUCCAUCUAAUUCUGGAAGGUCCCCACCAAAAGAUCCAGCCUGACACCAGUGUCAGAUAAAAAAUAUUGCCGUAUUGUUUGUUCUGUAUUAAAGUAUUGUGUUUUGCUUUCAGAACACCCACUCACUUUGCUAUAGCCAUGCAACAUGAAUGCAGAUUACACUGAUUUUACGUGUUAAGAAAUUGGAGAAAGUAUUUAAUAAAGACUGUUAAUUUUUAUACUGACAAUAAAAUGUUUCUACAGAUAUUAAUGUUAACAAGACAAAAUAAAUGUCAUGCAGCUUAUUUUUUUAA